AUGCAGCGGCCGCCGGAGAUGCUGCUGCGAAAUGCUCAGGGAAAGUGGGAGCCAGAAGCAGCAGUAGCUGCAGCACAUGCUGCUGCUGCUGCUGAUGCUUACGCGUCUCAGGCGCAGCAUCUGUUCGCUUUGUUUUGCGCCCCUGCAAACCAAGUGAGGCCAUACACCCCAGAGGAGCGGCAGACGGCAAUUCUCCGCAAUGCAGCCGCCGAUCUUCAGGCGUACGUACACCCCAAGGUCCAGGUGGCGUCAUUCAGUAGGGAGGGGAGAGGCCUCGUCGCAGCAGAAGACCUCAAGAGAGGAGAAGUGCUUCUGCGUGUUCCCACCUCAGCCCUCCUCAACGUGUACACGGCUCUGACGCAUCGCACGUUCUCCCCUCUCGCACAACUGCUGCUGGGGCUUCCCCCCGAAAGGCUGCUGCAGCAGGAAGCAGCAGCGCAGCAGCAGCAGCAGCAGGAGCAGCAGCACCAUAACCCCCCGAAGCAGCAGAAAAAGCCUGAGGAGCCUACGGAGGUGCAACCUCUUGUUGACAGUGAUGUGGUUUUGUGUCUCUUUCUUUUGUUUCUUGCAUUCACUAAUGGCGAACAGGGGGGCAGGGCCGUGCUGCGCUUCCUGCCUGCUGCCGGGGAGGCAGACGCUUCAGCCACAGCAGCGGCUGUGUGCGCGUCUUCCGCCGGCGAUCCAGCAGCAGCAGAAGCAGCAGGAGCAGCAGCAGCAGCAGCAGCUCAAAAGGAGGAACUGCUGCUGAUGGACACUGAAGGGGUCGUCGAGUUCCUCGGAGAUGCGGCCUUGGCGAGCGCCGUUAGCCGCUCUGAGGCCAAAUGCAAGAUGAUGCAGGAGCAGCUGCUGCCGCUGCUGCUGCAGACCUUCCCUCCUCCUGAAGGAAUGCAGCAGGGCGGCGGGGUGAUCUCCGCUUGCAGAGCAGCAGCAGCAGCAGCAGCAACAACAACCCCACCACAUGUGCUUCUAGAGACUUGUACGCCAACGACGGGUGCGGUGGCAGCAGCAGCAGCAGCAGCAGCAGCAACAGCUCAAGCUGGUGCUGCCUGCGGGGCCCCUGCUGUUUCUGCUUCUUCCGAAGGAACACAUCUCCUCAGAGCCUUCUUAGCGCAGCUGAAUUACGCAGACUUCCUGUGGGCGCAUCUCGUCUUAGAGUCCCGUUCCUUUUCCCUUCCUCUGGGGCCCCUGGGGCCCCUUCAGGAGUUUCAGCCUGCGGGGGUUCCCCUCACCAACCCCCCUGGGUACCGCAGUAAGGCGGCGUCAGUGGCCCCCACCGAGGAACCUUCAGGGGGGCCCUCGCGGGUGCAUAAAGGGGAGGAGAGUGAGGGGGAUAAUGAACAGGAAGAAGAAGAAGAGGCAGAGGAGCGUCGUGUGCCGUUUCUCCUAGAGCUCGUUGAGACGGGUGCAGCAGAAGGUUGCCGUUGUGUGAUGCUGCCUGUGGGGUUUAGUGGGGGCCCCCAGGGCGUUGAGGGGCCCCCCGGCUGUGCAGCGGCCCCUGCACAUUUUGUGCGUCUUCCUCUUCGUUGUGCUUCUUUUGUUCCUCUGGGGGAUUUGUUGAAUCAUGAUUUUCACGCGCAAGUGCUGUCCCCUGUAAUUGAGGAAGAAGGCAAAAGCCUCUGCCUCCGCCUGGCCUGCGAUGUGCCCGCGGGGGCCCAGGUGUAUGUGCACUACGGGCCUCUUCAGUCUUGGCAGUUUCUUGCUUUCUUUGGAUUCUGUCCUUCUUCCUUCCCCCGCCUGCAACCCCCGCAGAGAGAAGCACAGAGAGAAACAAUAGCUGAUAAAACAGACAGAGACGAAGAAUGGCAGUUCACAGCGGAAACCAACGCAGCUGCUGGGGAAACCCCGUGGGGACCAACGUACACCUUUACUGCUAUUAAACACGAUCCAGAAGCUGCCGCACGUAUACGUGAAAUUCUUAUGGAUGCGCUGCAGUCGGUAGCCAAGGCAGCUGAAGACAGAACUGCACAGUUAGACCAAUGGUCAGAAGACAGCAAACCGGCGCCGCGGUGGGUGCGGGUUUGGGGUGAGAGGCUGCGGGUGUAUUUGAAUAACCAGAGAGCCCUUGCCGACACGCAGAUGAAAGUUUUAAACAAUUACUUGUCUUCCCCUCUUUCCUCCUCUAUGCUGCCGUCCUUGGGGUCUGCCGCUAACUAG